AUGGGAGAUUCAGUGCCUCUAAAACUAGCACUGCCAGAGCUGAAGUAUCCUAUUGGUUCACAGCCAAAGCAAAAGUCAGUAAUCAACCAAUAUUCCGGCUCAGAGUAUAUCUCCAUUGUUGACAGCAUCCUAAAACCAGAUGAGAUGAUAAGAGUCCGAGGAUCAUUUCUGGGACCUAUAAUGAAGCUCAGUGAGAGAGGAUUGAAGUUAUCAGCAAAGAUGGUCUACGCCAUUCUCACUAGAAGCAUCGUUUCUGUCAAGGAGAAUGAAGCCUGGUUCCAUUUCGGUGCGCAGCCAAUGAGGUUCUCUAUAAGAGAAUUUCAUAUGAUGACAGGCUUGAAAUGUAGUGGUGCAUUAGAAGGACCACGAAGGGAAACCGAUAGAUUUAAUUGGGAAUUGCUAAAGGGGCGUAGUCAUAAGUUAAGUGACGUGGUGGAACAGCUCAGAAACACAAGAGAAGAUGCUUCUGAGGAGAGAGUAUGCCUCGCAAUGCUCAUCCUGGUAGAGAGCAUAUUAUUGCGGAAGAGCAAAGGAGGGAGUUUUCCUUUGGAAUAUGCGAAAAAUGCACAGGAUAUGACAUAUCCAUGGGGGAAAGAGGCUUACAUUGUGCUCCUGAAGUCAAUUCAAAACGCUGUCGCGAAUCAUUUGGAGAAUAAAUCCAAAUUUGAGUUGCAAGGUUAUCCUCUAGUAUUCCUUCUUUGGAUACUAGAGUCGAUUCCUUUGCUAAGGAAUAAGUUCAGUAAGUGUGUACCAACAGUUGAGGUUCCUGGGCCGACUUACUUGUGUGAAAAAUACACUGAGGUAGAGAAUCCAUCACUUGAUAGGGUUUUACAGGUUGAAGCUGAUACAAAGCUGAAGGUCCAUUGCAUACUACCUUCUAUUCCUCAUGAUCCAGAAGAUGAUAUCUCCAUUGAAGACAAAUAUAGUGACGAGCUGGAAACACUGAAAGAUGUAACAAAGAAAGGGUACAAGCUUACAGCCGAUGACUGGGAAAAUAGGUGUGUAGACACAUUUGAAACAUUGGAUGCUCUUAUUCAAAUGAUGGCAAAUAAGGAGACUGGCCAAGCUUCUACUCCGAUUGAUGAGGAUUCAGUAAAUGAAAAAGUGAACAGGAUCAUUGAGGUAAUGGAGGAGAAUCUGAAGAGCAUGAAGGAUCGAAUGUCAUUACUGGAAGAAGAAAACAUGCAUCUUAGAGCCCGUGUGUCAGAGUUGGAAGGAAACAACAAUGUUUUUCCCACUAACGUGACACAACAGCGAUCCAGUGGGACACCUUUAUCUCCAAUGUCUCACACGCAACCAUCGAGUGAGACGCCUUUAUCUCCAAUGUCUCAACAGCCUAAUUUGACACAUGAGGAGACAAUGAUUGAAUCAGCUGCAUCUCCAAAGUCUCAACAAAAUGAGGAUUACACGCAACCAUCGAGUGAGACGCCUUUAUCUCCAAUGUCUCAACAGCCUAAUUUGACACAUGAGGAGACAAUGAAUGAAUCAGAUGAUGACACUCCUGCCCUUGAUACUCAAGUAUUCUCUCCUAAUCUGACAAAAGAGGUAUAUGCUCAAUGAUAUUGUUUUCACAGUUGGAGUUUACAAAUUAGUUUUGGGUGAUUUUUUUUACAUAUAAAGGCUUUUCUGAUUUUUGACAGAAAGAAACAAGUGAGUCACCUGCUGAGAGGCC